AGAAGGAACAUGUGCGAAUCCAGUUUGAGAUUUUGUUGUGAGCAAUAAAUGCUAGUUACGUUACAAAAAUGAGUCGACUUAUCGUGAAAAACCUUCCCUCAGAGAUAAAAGAGGAAAAGGUUCGAAAUAUUUUUGCUGCCCAUGGAGAAUUGACAGAUCUGAAAAUGAAGUAUACCGCAGCUGGAGUCUUCCGAAAGUUUGCUUUUGUUGGAUUCAGAGCAAAGGAAAGUGCCAAGAAAGCCAUCGAGCAUUUGAAUAAAACAUUCAUUGAUUCUUCCAAAAUACAGGUGGAGCUUGCCAAGAACCUUGGGGAUGACAGUCUUGAUAGACCAUGGAGUAAAUACUCUGAACAAAGUUCUGCUUUUCAGAAUAAGCAAGCUAGGAAGAAAGAGAAGGAAGCGUCGGUCAAUGAAGAGAAUAUUCAGGGAAAAGAUUCUCAAAAGCCAAAACAGAAAAAGGAAAAAGUUGAUCCACUGCAAAAGCUGGAAGAGGACCCUGGUUUUCAAGAGUUCCAAGAAGUUCACCAAAUACGCAGCAAGAAACCACUCUGGAGCAAUGAUGCAAAAAUAGCUGAACCCCUCUCUGAGGGUCAUAAGUCAAAGGUCAAAGGAGGAAAGAGGAAAAUGGGUUUGGAUGACUCUGUGGAAGAGUCUGAAGACGAGUCAUCAUCUGAUGAAGAUGAAGAGAUGCCAUCAGAAGAAGAAGAAGAUGAUAAGACGGAGGAAGAUGUAACCAACAAAGAUGCAAAUAAAUCUGGCGUCUCAGACAUGGAUUAUUUACAAAGUAAGAUGGUGAAGAAAGCAGGUUCUAGUAAAUCAGAUAGCAAGAGAGAUGGUGAUACAGAUAGUGACAGUGACAGUGACACUGACGCUGACAGUGACAGUGACAGUGACACUGAUAGUGGGAAAGCGUCUAGUUCAUCAGAGGAAGAUGAUGAUGGAACAAGACAAAAGAAGCAAAAGGAAGAAACACAAGCAACAACUACACAAAAGACUAAAGUGAUGAAAGCGAUAAGGAAAGAAGACAAGUUUGAGAGAGGGCAGUUUGUUCUUAAGAUGAGAGGAGUUCCAUUCAGUGUCAAAGAGAAAGACAUCAAUAAGUUUUUCUCACCGAUACCAAUCAAAGCCAUCCGAAUUCCUCUGAAUGAAAAGAAACAAAGAACAGGUAUGGUUUUUGUGGAGUUAUCCUCUGAGAUGGAUAUUACAAAAGCAUUGAAGAAGAACAAAAACUACAUGGGUAAACGCUACAUUGAACUGUUUCGAGACAACUGGGUAAAGGAAGGAGAGCAUGGUACCAGUGAGCGCGAGGCACCAUGGGCCAAACAGGCCGCUGAGCUAGCAGAAAUAGAUGAACCUAUUGGAGAGACUGGAAGACUGUUUGUGAGAAACCUGCCGUACAUUUGUCAUGAAGAUGAAUUAGAACAGCUCUUCAGUAGAUAUGGGCCGCUAACUGAAGUCAAUCUUCCAAUAGACUCUCUGACCAAGAAGAUUAAAGGUUUUGCGUUUAUAACAUUCAUGAUGCCUGAACAUGCUGUUAAAGCAUUCACAGAGCUGGACGGAACAACGUUUCAGGGACGACUGCUUCAUAUUUUACCUGGAAAAGAAAAGAAAAGCCCAGAAGAUGACGGAGAACAGAGAGAGGGAUCUUCAUUCAAGAAUAAGAAGAAAUCUAAAGAUAAGGCUCGUAGUGGAAGUUCCCACAACUGGAAUUCUCUUUUCAUUGGUGCUGACGCUGUAGCAGAAGCCAUUGCACAGAAAUAUCAAACAACUAAGAGUCAAGUUCUGGAUGCGGAGACAGGUCGUAGUUUAGCCGUUAGGAUGGCUCUAGGAGAAACUCAGAUUGUUGCCGAGACGAGACAAUUCCUGCUGGAUAAUGGUGUAGCUUUGAACUCAUUCAGUCAGGCGUCUGGUGCUAGAAGUAAAACAGUGAUGCUUGUGAAGAACCUUCCUGCUGCUACACAAGCCACUGAACUACAAGAUUUAUUUGUACCAUUUGGGAGUUUAGGACGUGUGAUAUUACCUCCUGCUGGUGUGACGGCUAUUAUUGAGUUCAUUGAACCUACUGAAGCAAGAAGUGCUUUCUUUCAACUCGCUUAUACAAAGUUUCAUCAUGUUCCUCUUUAUCUUGAAUGGGCUCCGAUGAACGUCUUCAACGCAGCUGGCAUAAAGGAAUCUACAACGAAUGACAAACCAAGUGACGAACCCAGUGACACACACAGUGACAAACACAGUGACACACAGGGUGAAAAACCAACACAGGAAGGGAAGAAACUAGAUGCAGAUCUACCAAUGAAACAAAAGCUGGAAGACAAUGAUGAGGAGGAAACUGAAUCAGAGACAACAAUCUUUGUCAAGAAUCUCAACUUUGACACAACGGAAGAUUCACUGAAAAAGCUGUUUUCACAAUGUGGACAUUUGAAAAAUGUGACUGUAUCUCGCAAGAAGGAUCCUAAACAUAAAGGAUCGAUGUUGUCCAUGGGAUAUGGUUUUGUGGAAUACAAGAAGAAGAAGUCAGCUCAGAAAGCAUUGAAGGAAUUACAACAUUGUUAUCUAGAUGAACACAGUCUAGAACUCAAGCUCUCACAUCGAGCAGCCAUACAGUCCAAUAAAACAUCUUCUAAGAAAGCAGGAAACUCAAAUCAGAAGUCAAGUAAGAUUCUCAUCAGAAAUAUUCCAUUUGAAGCUACAAAGCAAGAAGUACAUGAAUUAUUUGGUACCUUUGGUGAGAUCAAAUCGGUGAGACUUCCCAAGAAGAUGACUGGUACGGGUUCACAUCGAGGGUUUGGCUUCGUAGACUUCCUCAGUAAACAAGAUUCAAAGAGGGCGUUUGAUGCUCUGUGUCACAGCAGCCAUCUGUACGGGCGUCGGCUCGUCUUAGAAUGGGCAGAGACUGAGGAGACAGUGGAAGACCUCCGCAAAAAGACCGCAGAGAACUUCAGUGAAGGUGGCCCAAGAAAACGACUGAAGAAGUCUAAGCUGAUUGAAGAUCUUCAAUUAGGGAUGGGUAGCAGCUGAUAGGUCCAGUAAACUUGGUAAGUCCGAUAUUCUACUAA